AUGGAAACCGAACCGGGGGGCGUGGCCUCCGGGGUGGUGUGGAGCCCGGGGACGGGUCAGGCCUUCAGCCAGGGCGGCCUGCUGCUGACCAACAACUCGGUGCGGGUGCCCCGCAGCGGCCUGUACUUCGUCUACAGCCAGGCCUCCUUCCGCGUGUCCUGUAACCACGGCGACCAGAUGGCGACGGGCGCCACGGCAACGGCCACGCCCCUCAGCCACUCCGUCUGGCGCCUGUCGGACUCCCUGGGGGGGAAGCGCGUUCCCCUGAUGGGCGCCGUGAGGUCGGCGUGCGGGGGGGGCGGGGCCCAGGAGGAGGGCGUCGCCCACGGCAACGGCGGCCAUGGCGGCAACGGCGGCGCCUGGUUCCACGCCAUCUACCUGGGCGCCGUGUUCCAGCUGAACCGCGGCGACCUGCUGCAGACGGAGACCAACCAGCUGCAGGAGCUGGAGACCGAGGAGGGGAGGACAUUCUUCGGGGCCUUCGCUCUGUGA